GACCUCCUCUUCUUCUGCCCUCUCGUCCGCCCGCCGCUCACUGUCCUCUCGCCCUCUCCUCCGUCCUCUCCUUCCGCGCUCCACUUCUCUUUCGGAUUUGGGCAAUGGCCUCGCCCCGUGCGUGAAGCGCAGUCGUCUGUACACGGUCCGGCGCUGGACUGGAGAGCCGGAAGUCGGCAAGAGAGAGGGGGACGGCCGAGAGGAGCGGGCCCUUUUGGUGUAGCUGAGAGUGAGAGGGAGUGGCAGCGGCCGAGCGAGUGCCUGUGAUCGACAGGCUCCCGGGGCCGAGCGAGCUUCCAUGGUGCUCGAUGUUGGUCGAAUGAUGCGUUGCGCGAGCCCGGGCAACGUUAUGGAUCUGAACUCGGCCAGGAGCUGGCGUCAGGGGUGAGGACGUCUUUGCAGAAGGCUGGAGAAGUCCGAGGCGCACGAGGACGAGGACGAGGAGUUCAGGUUGGGUGGGGUUUGAUUCCGGGGUUUUACCUAGAGGUCGAUCGGAGUCCGGGCAGUGUUCCGGAUUCCGGCCGGGAGGAGGAGCAGCAGGAGGAUCAGGUGGAAAGAAUAGGAGGCGAGCCGGAGGCAGCAGCUGUAGAGGAGCAGAGCAGAGCAGAGGGUGGAAGGCAGGCGCUGGCGAAAUUAGUAGACCACAGGUGGAUUGGCUGAGGAGUGAUCGAGGUGCGGGGAGCUUCGGUGUAGAAUAAUUUCUGGGACCAAAUGGAUCUUAAUGUGGCCCCUUCGACCGACGAGGAUGAGGAGGAGAAGGUCGAGUCAGCCGUGGACACCAUGCGCAGGGAGAGAGAGGAGCGCAGGUUGAUGAUGAAAAGGAAGAGGGAGGAGGAGCGGCUUGAAGCUAGGAACAGUAAAACCACACUUGCUAGGAUACCGAGGCAUGAGAAGUCUCGGACUGCGGGCCUGAAUCUCCCCGAAGGUUGGUUGGAUUGUCCUAGCAUGGGAGAGCCCUGCGCAAAUUUGUUCAUUCCAACAAAAGUGCCUUUGGGUGAACGCUUCAAUGAAGUUAUCCCAGCUGGAAAACGGUUUUCCAAGACACAUGUUCUGCGUCAUCAACGUGCCAACGCCCGCGAGAUUGCUAUGGUGAUCGAUUUGACCAACACAAGUCGUUACUAUCAGCCUCAGGAGUGGGUGAAAGGAGGGGUCAAGCACGUCAAGGUUCCCUGUCGUGGACGUGAUGAAGUACCAGAGCCUGAAGCUGUCAACCAGUUUGUGUAUGAGGUUAUAAAUUUCGAGCACGGCGUUAACACAAAGCAACCCGGUGUGAAGAAAUAUGUUCUGGUACAUUGUACCCACGGACACAAUCGUACCGGGUUUAUGAUCGUGCAUUAUAUGAUGCGAACUCAAUAUACAACUGUCGAGAAGUGUAUUCGGACGUUCGCACAAUCAAGACCUCCAGGAAUUUACAAACAGGACUAUAUUGAGAGUCUAUACACUUUCUACAAUGAGAAGCGGCCAGAGCCACUGAUCUGUCCUAGCACUCCUGAGUGGAAAAGACCCACAGAAGUUGAUCUCAAUGGAGAAGCAAAACAUGAUGAAGAAGAUGACGACGACGAGAGUAUCCUAGCUGCUCUUCAGGAAGAUGCGAUCGUUGGACCCCUAACAAUGACCAACGAUGAUGUACUAGGGGAUGGCAUUUCGGAUGAGCAGCAGAUGGAAAUGCAGAGAUACAUUUGUUGUGCUCUGGAAACGCUGGGGAAGCCUGGCCAGCAGCAGCAGACCCAUUCGUUGAGAUUUCCAGGUUCACAACCAGUCUCUCUUGACAGGAAGAAUCUGCAGUUGUUGAGACAACGAUAUUAUUACGCAACAUGGAAAGCGGACGGAACGCGUUAUAUGCUCUUCCUUACACGCGAUGGAUGCUACCUGAUUGACCGUAAUUUCCGGUUUAGGAGGGUUCAAUUGAGGUUUCCAACAAGGAAGAGCAAAGAAAACUACCCAGACUACCAUCAUCUCACUCUUUUGGAUGGCGAGAUGGUCAUUGACACUGUUCCUGGCUCAAAUGUUCCGUCAAGAAGAUACCUUGUUUACGACUUGAUGAUUCUCAAUUCAAAGUCACUUAUAGUGUGCCCUUUCAGUGAGAGGUGGCAACUUAUCAAGGAUGAAGUGAUUGACCCUCGCUCAAAGGAGAAAGCACAAAAAGGACUAAUUUACCAGUAUGAGCUGGAAAAAUUCUCGGUGAGGAGAAAAGAUUUUUGGAUGUUGACAACUACAGAAAAACUACUUUCGGACUUCAUUCCAAAACUCUCUCAUGAGUCAGAUGGUCUUAUCUUCCAGGGUUGGGAUGAUUUAUACGUGUGUCGGACGCACGAAGGUCUUUUGAAGUGGAAAUAUGCUCGGAUGAACUCUGUCGACUUCCUCUUACAGAUCGCACCCACAACAGGUCAAUAUUUACUCCUUCUGAUGGAAAGGGGAGGGAAAUUUAGGCAGCUGGAUGGAGCACAUGUUACAUUUCCUGACGAUCAAGAUGUGUCUUUAAUGAAUGGGAAAAUCAUCGAGUGUUCUUGGAACCCGGAGGAAAAUCAAUGGGAGUUCAUGCGCAUCCGUAAGGAUAAGGAAACUCCUAAUGCACGGCAUGUGUAUGAGAAGGUCAUGUCGAGUAUUCAAGAUAAGAUCACAGAGGACGUAUUGUUAGAGGAAAUACGGGAGAUCUGUCGGUUACCUAUGUACGCGGAGCGGAUUGCAAGGACGCAUCGAGAGACGCUGAACGCAGAGCGGAUUGCAAGGACCCAACGAGAGAUGAUGAAAAAGAACGCUCUUCUUCCUCAAAAAAGAGCCCGCGGGAGAUAAUGUUCGGUUUUGUCCUCUGGAUGAGAAUUGCCUGUGGGACAGAGAGCGCGCUGUAGCACAUUCUUGAAGGGUGCGAUCUGAAUUCUGGGCGUGAUUGUCGGGAUUCAUUGGAUCGAGUUAGUACGCUACAAGCCUGUCAGCUGUUCUAUAGAUUGAAACUCUGGCACACAACAGUGAUUGCGUCUGUGUAUAUCAAAGGAAAAGAGUUUGCUGGUACCAAUAUACUUUAGAUCACUAGUUCAUGUACAGAUGAGUGGUCCACUGAAUGUGGAUGAAAAUUUUCAAAAUGGGAUCUUUCCCUAAAUUGGAGCUUCCCAUGGUUUUCAGAUUUUCAGCUACCACUUACACAAGAAUGCGACAUCAAAAAGGAAGGUGGUGUUUUUGCUCGAGGAUCCUUGUCUCAGAUAUUAUUUUCCUCAGUGCCAUUGGCUUUCAGAGGCUGAGAAGAUGUUGUUUGCUCCUUUCCUGCCUGAUUUAUCAGAAUUCUCGAAUUUCAAUCCAAGCAAAUUAAUUUAUGGAACCUUUUAAUACUUGUUUGCCGUGUGUAUUGCAAUUCAUUGCUGGAGGAGAGAUAUGUCAGUAUUGGUCUUGAAGAUCGUCUCAAGCCUCGGAAAGUUAGUACACCUUGUAGUAGAGUGCAAUAUAGACGGGGAUCACUUACUUCUGUACUCUGGUCGAUAACAGUGACGAGUUUGAAACCAUUAAAUUCUCACUGUUUUUUGACAAUAUGAGAGCAGAGUUUGUCUAUGGAUAGUAUUGACCUUACAUCAAACG